AUUCGGCCUCUGGUCGUUCUUCUAUACUUUCUGGUUGUGCUUGUCGUCUUACUACCCCUGUGCAUCUGGGAACUACAGAAAUCAGAGAAUAUUAUGGAUGGUCCCCAUUUGCAGUUUGGACAGUUGGAUUGCGUUGAAGUACCCCAGAAUUGCCAUCUAUGUGGAUACAUGCAGGGAGUGCUACGAGGCAUACGUCAUCUACAACUUCAUGAUCUUCUUGCUCAACUACCUGAGAAACCAGUACCCCAGCCUGGUACUGAUGCUGGAGGUGCAGGAGCAGCAGAAACAUCUUCCUCCCCUCUGCUGCUGCCCGGCAUGGCCCAUGGGAGAGGUAUUGCUAUUGAGAUGCAAGCUGGGAGUGUUGCAGUACACGGUUGUCAGACCAGUCACAACAGUUAUUGCCUUGAUAUGUCAGUUCUGUGGUGUGUAUGAUGAAGGUAACUUCAGCUCAACCAAUGCAUGGACGUACCUGGUGAUAUUCAACAAUAUGUCCCAGCUGUUUGCCAUGUACUGUUUGGUCCUGUUCUACAAGGCCCUAAGAGAGGAACUGGCCCCCAUCAGACCAGUGGGGAAGUUCCUGUGUGUCAAAAUGGUGGUCUUCGUCUCCUUCUGGCAAGCUGCGUUCAUCGCUCUCCUAGUCAAGGUUGGAGUGAUCUCAGAGAGACACACGUGGGACUGGGACAGUGUGGAGGCUGUAGCUACAGGCCUACAGGUAAUGACUUCAUCAAAGUGGAGGAGUGUGGAGAUGUUCCUGGCGGCCAUCGCCCACCACUUCAGCUUCACCUACAAGCCCUACAUCCAGGAGGCUGAGGAGGGAUCCUGCUUCGACUCCUUCCUGGCUAUGUGGGACAUCUCUGACGUCAGGACUGACAUCUCUGAGCAAGUCCGCAACGUCGGGAGAACCGUUAUGGGCCGACCUAGGAAGACCUACUUCGGUGAGGCGGAGGACGACAGUGAGCGCUCAGGCUUGCUUUCCCCAGGCUCCAUGGACGCCAUUGGUCCCACGGAGGCCUUGUCCAACCCGGUGUCCCCCAAGGGUCGGUACCAGGGCCUGGGUAAAACCCAAACGCCCCACUCCCUGUCAGCCCCCGCCGGGCUCAACAAUGCUCAGUGGGAUGGAGAGGAGAGGGAAGACAAUGGUAGACAAGCUCCAGAGCCCAGAAACAUCACCAACGAGCCAAUAGGCUCGGUUACAGACGACCUUGUCGUUAUCACCUAGCUUAGCGUCAUCGCUAAAAUCCUCCAAUGGGAAUUCUGAAUGCACGUUAUACCAAACACAGUUGGGCAGGAACCAAGUAUGGCCUUGGCGACGUUUCCCCUACAGACGAUAUUUGGCUAACCCGCACACAAGCGAUGAAAAAGCACGUGUUAAUUAAGCAAUGUUGUAGUGAGUCAUUCAUCCACCACAUCAGAUGCAGAUGGACCUCUGUCAAUGACAGCUCGAAGAAUGUUCAUAAGCUUUCAUAAAGGUCUCAUGACACUUAAGAUAUUUUUUCUUGUAUCUGUAUUGUACUACUGAGUCAUAAUGGUAAAGUAUGGUACCUCAAUACCUUAUUUUAGUAUGACCCCUCUUCAUUGUAAUGGGUCUGGACUUCAAGUUCAAAAGCCGGUGAGAUUUUACCAGUAUACUUGUUCUAUAAUAGCACCUGGGUGAUAUCACUACAAACUCGUUAAUUAUUUACCAAGGGUUUUAGUUGUUACGAAAACGUUCAAAGUAUAUAUGUAGCUUUUAAACUGAAACCUAUAAAAUACUGGUUUGCACCAAUGAUUGGUUUUAGACAGUACCACGCAUUCUAGGUUUCUUUAUUUUUACUAUUUUCUACAUUGUAGAUUAAUAGUGAAGACACGUUGUAACCCCAAAAUGUUUUUAUUUGGGAUUCUUCAAAGUAGUCCACCCUUUGCCUUGAUAGCUUUGCACAUUUUUGGCAUAAAAAAAACUCUUAAGAGUAGGUGUGUCCAUACUUUUGACUGGUACUGAACAUCAUUGGGUUGCACAUGCUUGAAUAUGGUCUUCGAACCUAUUGUACAGAUUUUGAAGCAUGAAGCUGUGUCUCACUUUGGCAUUAACGCUAACCGCCUCGAUCGUCUUCUCAGAUGCCUUGUUUUAUGUAUCCACAAUCAAGUAAUUCACAUUUCACGUCUACCUCAUUUGUAAAUAUAAAGUGAUGUUAUAGAUUUCUUACUGUUUUAAUUUCUGUUAAGCUUUUCAGGGAUAUUAGUUGUGAUUUACCGUACUGAAAGGGAUUGAUCGUCUUUUACUCGUUUCAUUGUCAUCCAUUAGUAGAAUGUCUUCCUAUCGGGAAUGUGUGUCAAGUGUGUGCAGCUAUUGCCUUACCUGAUGUUUGUCACAAAGCAUUAACCUUCAGAGGGAAGUACUACAUCAAAUGUAUCAGCACCUUUGUCUGAGAGUUCAACUCAAAGUUCCAAACAUUCACCCUCCAAUAAAUGAAAUUAAAUGUG